AUGGAUCCCUUGGCAGCCUUGCCUGCAGAGGUCGUACUGCGCAUCUUGCUCUUCGCCUCGUUCGGGAGCAUCGCCAGCUUGACGCGCUCAUCCCGAUCCUGGUGCAACUUCAUCGACUUUACCCACCAGGAUGCCAUCUACGCCGCCAAAGCGCCCGGCACCACCGGUGCCAUGAAAUUGCGCGAGCCGGGCCAGUAUCUGAACGGCUUGGAAUCGUUUACCAGAUACGGCGAGGGCGUCGAAUCGUGGAAAGAAGCUUGCCGUCGGCGCAUUCUGCUCGAGAAGUCGUGGAGCGACGAGAGGCCCAGCCCUAAGGAGACCGUCAUCCAGGUUGGCACUUCUCCCAUCUGGCGGUUCAGGCCCGACUUCAAGCGCAGGUUCAUCGUCUCGACCUCUCAUGCGGGCGGCCUCAACGUGACCGACAUGGACUCGGGCGACCUCUUGUGGUCUCUGCCCAGGGAUGAAGUGCGCAGGUUUGCACAUCUAGAAUACCAGGACGGCACUGCUGUCUGGGAUCGCUUCAGGAACACGCUGGAGGUUUGGAAGACAGACUUGCCCGGAUUAGCGCGGGGUCACUUUCGCCAGGUCGCACUGUUGCCUCAUGACGUGAUCACCAGAGGUUUUCAGUUGUCAUACAACACUCUUUGUGUUGUGUCGUCCGAAGGAGAAGGCUUCGUCUACGACUUCCUACCACAUCCAGAGAAACCAAGAUUGCGAAAACGCGUCGAGAUCGAAGACGGAGCAGUUGGACAUCUCGAUCAAGACACAGACGCCGUCAUGUAUUCUAUCGGCACGCAUGACUACCACAUCCACGACAAGACAUCGGGCGACCCUCUAGGCCACAUUCAUCCACACAUGGUCAAGCCGUCAGCAAUCUACCACAUCCGCCACCCCCAGCCGGAUCUGGCUGACGAAGACGAAUACAUGAGCCUAUUACCUGAUUCCACCCGUUACCUUCUCGCACGGAUGGUCCCGGAAUUGGGCUUGUCAUGCCUACCAAUUCAUCCAGGCUUGUUCUUCUACGACGACUCUGAAGCACUCCCUGACAUCACACCACUCGAGCGUGACGAAUGGGGCGCCGGCAUGCUGAACGGCAAGACCAUGGUCGGCGUCUCGCGUGGAGGCAGGCUGGUCAUCUGUGCGGAUUGGCCACAGGCUCUUCGCAGUGAGGAGGACUUCGCCUCUGUGACGUCCAUUGUCGAAUGUGACCCUGGCGGCGAUAGUUUCGACCUAGGCGGCUGGCUGCACAUUCAUGACACGGUCGGCGGUAAGCGGAUCAUCUUCGAGGUGAAAGACAGCGUCUACAUCCUGUCGCUCGAUGGCGAAGGGAGGCUAGAUGUCAACAGGCCCGCCCUGUCUGUGCCUACGUGCUCCACCCCCGAACUUGCUGUUCCUGUCAGCUUCAUGGGAAUCUACGACGACUGCAUCAUGAGCACCUUCACCACACUCGGUACCGACCCAGUGGACGAGACGUCGGACGACGAUGAUUCUGACGCGGCUGAGAAUGGGAGGGCAUUGGCCAGGCAUUUCCCCACCAAAGCUAUCAGGGCGAUAAGCUUUGCUCCGGAGAUUUGA